AUAUGAUAUCUGGAGGUCUUGAAAAAUGGGAGUCCCUCUCACUGUUGGUUAUCGGCCUUGAUGGUGCUGGGAAAACUACCCUCGUAAAACGUCUGAAUAAUAUCGACGAAGGCCAGGAAUACUAUGCUUCUACUUCUUUUUUGAAUAUUGAGAAAUUUACAUUACAGAACAAAAACAGACCUUGUGUAAUUUACGAUUUAUCCGGGCAAGGCAGGUAUAGGAAAUCAUGGAGGGAUUUCUAUGCAGAAGCUGACGGCAUCUUCUUUAUCGUGGAUUCUACAGACACGGAGCGGUUGAGUAUUGUCCAAGAGAUGCUCAUUCAGAUUAGUGAGGAUCCUAUUUUAGAAGGUUCUCACAUUCCCUUCUUAAUCAUCUUUAACAAAAUCAAUCACCCGGAUGCAUUAUCUAGCAAAGAAAUCGUUAAUUUUAUUGAGUUUAAUGACAUCAAGUUCAGGAACCAGACCUUAACUUGGGGAGUAGAAGAUGCUGACUUUGCCACAGGCUAUAAAGUCACUGAGUGCCUUGACUUCUUCGAAUCAAACUUUAGGAUUAUCACACCUGAAGAAGAAUUUCUGAUGAGGGAAAAAGAAGCCCAAAUUUAAAUUCAAUUUAAGCAAU